AUGAAGCGGUUGGCGGGCAAGGUGGCCAUCGUGACGGGGGGCGCGAGCGGCAUGGGCCGCGCGACCGUGAUGCGUUUUCUUGCCGAGGGCGCGAAGGUGAUCGUGGCCGACCUCAACGAGGCCAAUGGCGCCGAGACGCUGGCGGUCGCCAGGGCGCAGGGCCAUGGCGACGCUGUCGGCUUCGUGCGCUGCGACGUGGCGAAGGAGAGCGAUGUCGCGGCGAUGGUCGCCGAGGCUAAAAGCCGGUUCGGCCGGCUCGACAUCGCCUAUCUCAAUGCCGGCGUCGGCGGCGCGUUCGGACCGAUUGCCGAGACCAGCGUCGAGGACUGGGAUUAUACGUUCGCGGUGCUGACGCGUUCGGUGUUCCUCGGUAUGAAGCACGCUUCGCAGGCGAUGAAGGAACACGGAGAUGGUGGCGUGAUCCUCGUCACGGCUUCGAUCGCCGGCAUGGUGGGCGGCGGCGGUAGCCACGCCUAUUCGGCGGCCAAGGCGGCCUGCAUCAGCCUGAUCGAGAAUGUCGCGACCGAGCUGGGACCGGAUCGCAUCCGCGUGGUCGGCAUCGCGCCCGGCGUGAUCUCGACGCCUCUGGUCCAUCGCGGCCGUCCCGACAAGUACGAGAAGCAGUUCAACCAGCAACCCUGGCCCGACCGCGGCGAGCCCGAGCACAUCGCCGAUGUCGCGACUUUCCUGGCCUCCGACGAGGCGCGUUUCAUCACCGGCGAGACGGUGAAGGUGGAUGGCGGCCUGCUGGCCCAGGGCGUCGCGCUCUGGGGCACCGGCAGCGACAACACCUUCAUGAAGAGCGCCGGCGUCAACCGCGGAACGACCGGC